UGUUUCUCUAAGUAUAUAGAGAACUGCUGCAAUCUACGGGAAUCAAAAAAACAAAAUAAAGCCUACAGCAAUCUAAUUUAAAAAAAUAAAUAAAAUAAAAUCUUUAACUCACUAGAAAGAAUGGCACGACAGGUUGUUGCUCUUGCUCUUCUCUUCGUCGCCCUCGCCGGGGUUGUCGCCGCCCAGUCACCUAGCAGCGCUCCAUCAUCCUCCCGAGCUGCGGCUCCAUCAAAGUCCGCCUCAACCCCCACCGCCACCCCCAAGGCAUCUCCAAUCUCAACACCUGUGCCAUCACCGAAGGCCUCCAGCCCCGCUGCCGGUCCCAGCACUGCACGAACACCCGAGAGCUCUCCUGCUCCUGAGUCUCAGGCAGAUUCCCCUACUGAUGAGCUAUCAUCUCCACCUGCUCCAGCCAGUAAGGCAGGCUCACCCGUCCCUACAGCUGAAGGACCAGACGCCAUCGCACCCGCUCCUGAGGCUGACCAUGCCAAUGGCGCCGCCAGCUUGAAGGUCUCCGCCACCAUCGGUGCUGCCGCUGUCGCCGGAUUCUUCUUCUAAGCUGUUAAAUUAUUUCUUUGUAUAAAUUCCUUCAUUAUUUUGUAUGCAAUGUGAUAGAAAUAACGUAACCCUCGGUAAGAGGAAACUCAUUUUAACAGUGGUUUCUCAUAAUUCUCGAAUUAUUAAAUAUUAACACAAUAUACAUUUUGGAGGUCA